AUGAGCACCAGCACCUUUGGCAUGCGGCGUCCACGCCUAUGGCUGUGCCUGGUGGCUGCACUGGUUUGGACGGUCGCAAUCCAGCUCUUCAUCUUCUCCCACGUGUCAGCAGAUGGCCUUCCAAGAGGGAGGUUGACCCUUGUUCCGCUCACCUGGGGUCAGUAUGGCCUUUGGAUCCUUUGGAGCAUCGUGACUUCCCUGGGCCCACGGAAUGUGGUCUUCCUUGCGAAGGAAGUCUUCCCGCAGUUGGCGAAUACGACCUUCUUCUUCUCUGCCCAUACCUCUCCUGGAGUGCGCGGUCUAGUUGCUUUGACCAUUGACGAUGGCAUUUGUCGAGGCGAUCGGUCCAAGUCGAUGCUCCCGGAGGUGCUGAAGCUGCUUCGCAGCUUCGAAGCCAAGGCGACCUUUUUCCUAAGUUCCCACUAUGUUCAUGGCAACGACUUGCCUCGCUUGGUGUUUGAGGGCCACGAACCAGCAAAUCACAUGCCUGAGGACAAAGAAUAUGCCUCUUCUUCGGCCAAGUCCUUUGAAGCUGCUUUAGCUGAAACUGAUGAUGUGGUGCGGCCCUUCUUGAAGGCUUCACAGAAGCGCUGGUUCCGUGCGCCACAAGCGCGGCUGACCAUGGAGAUGGCAGAGGUCUUGCAGGCCCGAAACAUGACACAUGCAUUGGGCGAUUGCUAUGCUGAUGAUUGGGCCAUCCCAGACCCGGUACGUGUCGCGUCUGUGUACUUGAGACAGGUGCAGGAAGGAUCGGUUGUCAUUAUGCACAUGCCCCAAGAGGGCUUCCGGCAGCAUACUUACGAGGCCUUGCGGCUAUUCCUGCGUGGUCUGCAAAAGCGAAAGCUACGCGCUGUGACAUUGAGCGAACUUCGGCAAAGGGCCCAAGCGAGUGAAAAAGGCGAAUGGCUGGGCACGUUGAGCGUCCAGAGUCAAAGUGAUCUCAAUUCUGGGUAUAUAGGCGCAAAUCCUUGA